GGAACCCAUGCCAGAAGCCCAAUACGGAAUAGUCAGAGCGAGUCAUCCUCUUUCGACAAACCCACCCACCCGAGAUUCUCUCGUACGCCCCCGAAGGUCGAAUGAAUGAAUUAUCCAUGGCCAUGGCGUACUCCAUUAAAUUCUCUCUCCGGUCACCCUCCGAUACGCGCCGUUUCGUCUCAUCACCAUGCUUUUCCCAAAACCCUAAUCCCCAAUCUCUCCUUCUUAAUCUCCUCCCAUCUCACUCUUCCUCGUCCUUUCCCAAAAAGAUCUUGUAUUCCAGUGCUCGCCGUCGUAGCUUCGCUACCGUGAAGUCUCGCAUGGCCACUGGAGAGAAGCCGAUUUCUGAGGACCGAAUGCUUGUAUUUGUCCCGCCACAUCCAUUGAUAAAGCAUUGGGUUUCGGUUUUAAGAAAUGAGCAAACUCCAUGUCCCAUCUUCAGAAAUGCAAUGGCUGAAUUGGGGAGGAUACUCGUAUAUGAAGCUUCAAGGGAUUGGUUGCCUACUGUAGUCGGAGAGAUCCAGACACCAAUGGAUGUUGCCUCGGUUGAGUUCAUAGAUCCAAGAGAGCCCGUGGCGGUUGUUCCAAUAUUAAGAGCUGGUCUAGCCCUUGCAGAGCAUGCACCGUCAAUUUUGCCGGCAACAAAGACUUACCAUCUGGGGAUAAGCAGAGACGAGGAGACACUUCAGCCAACUGUAUAUCUUAACAAGCUACCAGAAAAAUUUCCUGAAGGCUCUCGGGUUUUUGUGGUUGAUCCUAUGCUGGCAACAGGUGGUACAGUAGUGGCAGCUCUCAACCUCAUAAAGGAACGUGGGCCUGAAAACAAUCAAAUUAAAGUGAUAUCUGCUGUAGCUGCUCCUCCAGCCCUUCAAAAGCUGAGCGAGAAAUUCCCGGGGCUUCAUGUGUACACUGGAAUUAUUGAUCCCACUGUCAAUGACAAAGGGUUUAUAAUUCCUGGACUUGGAGACGCGGGAGACCGCAGUUUCGGUACAUAACCUAGUUCGAGUAAUGUGAGAUUAACCUAUUAUUGAACAUCAUCAUUUUCGGUUUUGAUGCGUUGACAUCAUCAUUAAUCAGGAAUGAGUUGAGAUUUUGCUGUUAAUGAGCUCAAGGAAUUCAUUUGAUUUAUUUGCAAAUCACGGGUGUAUUGAGAAACAAAAACGGAGAGGGUUUUGUUUGUAUGUAAAAAAAAAAAAAAAAAAAAAAAAAAACUGUAAUUCUUUUGGAGAUACCUAUUUGGUAAAAGAAUGAUCCAAUUUUUUGCUGUGGCCAAGAAACAUGAUAUGUGAAAACCAAUUUCUUGUGAACUUGGCAUCACACAAACUUCCUUAUAAGAAAUUGUCUCCAACUAAA